AUGCCUACCUGCCUACCUUUGAAACUCUUGGAUAUUCCAAUCAUCAUCACGACGUUUCUCAGUCUUCUUGCUCUCGCCACUCAGGCCAAUGCAAUCCUUGCUGCUGCUGCUGCUGCUGCUGCUGCUACCGCUGAGCCCGAUAUCAAUGCCGAUGCUGCUGCUUUCGCCCAUGCGUCUUUAUUCGAGGAAUGCAGUUCCCUAGGUUUCGAAUACGUCAUGCAAGUCCCCAAGAGCGCCGACCCUGCGCAAUACCGCAAGUGCGCUGAACACCGUCUGCGAGACGACAACCGCAUGUACCAUGACACCUCUUUCGCCUUGGCUGACGAGUCGCGAGACCACUUGAGGCGCAUCUGA